ACACACACACACACACACACACACACACACACACACACACACUGGUUUCCUUUUCUGGGUCUCUCCAAGCCUCUACCAUCCUGGAGAUAGCCACAUUCUCCUAAAUACAACACCCCCAAGUCUCCGAGGGCCUGGGGAGCUGCAGGAUGGCGGCAGGUGUGGCCACAUGGCUACCAUUUGCAAGGGCCGCAGCAGUGGGCUGGCUGCCCUUAGCCCAGCAGCCCCUACCCCCAGCACCGGAGGUGAAGGCAUCCCGAGGGGAUGAGGUUCUGGUGGUGAACGUGAGUGGUCGGCGCUUUGAAACCUGGAAGAACACGCUGGAUCGCUACCCAGACACACUGCUAGGCAGUUCAGAGAAGGAAUUCUUCUAUGAUGCUGAAUCUGGCGAGUACUUCUUUGAUCGGGACCCUGACAUGUUCCGGCACGUGCUGAACUUUUAUCGCACAGGCCGACUGCACUGCCCCAGGCAGGAGUGCAUCCAGGCCUUUGAUGAGGAGCUAGCCUUCUAUGGCUUAGUCCCAGAGCUUGUUGGUGACUGCUGUCUUGAAGAGUAUAGGGACCGCAAGAAGGAGAAUGCAGAGCGCCUGGCAGAAGAUGAGGAGGCUGAGCAGGCCGGGGAAGGUCCAGCCCUUCCAGCAGGCAGCUCCCUGCGACAGCGACUCUGGAGGGCCUUUGAAAACCCACACACAAGCACUGCAGCACUGGUUUUCUACUAUGUGACUGGCUUCUUUAUAGCUGUGUCAGUCAUUGCCAACGUAGUGGAGACCAUCCCAUGCCGUGGUCCUGCACGGUGGCCCACAAAAGAGCAGCCGUGUGGUGACCGCUUCCCUACAGCCUUUUUCUGUAUGGACACGGCCUGUGUGCUCAUAUUCACCGGGGAAUACCUUCUGCGGCUUUUCGCAGCCCCCAGCCGUUGCCGCUUCCUGCGUAGCGUGAUGAGCCUCAUUGAUGUGGUGGCCAUCCUGCCCUACUACAUUGGGCUUUUUGUGCCCAAGAACGAUGAUGUCUCUGGUGCCUUUGUCACCCUACGUGUGUUUCGGGUCUUCCGAAUCUUCAAGUUCUCCAGGCACUCCCAGGGCUUGCGGAUUCUGGGCUACACCCUCAAGAGCUGUGCUUCCGAGCUAGGCUUCCUCCUCUUUUCCCUCACCAUGGCUAUCAUCAUCUUUGCCACUGUCAUGUUCUAUGCUGAGAAGGGCACCAGCAAGACCAACUUCACAAGCAUCCCUGCUGCCUUCUGGUAUACCAUUGUCACCAUGACCACACUUGGGUAUGGCGACAUGGUGCCUAGCACCAUCGCAGGCAAAAUUUUUGGGUCCAUCUGCUCACUUAGUGGUGUCUUGGUCAUUGCCUUGCCUGUACCAGUCAUUGUGUCUAACUUCAGCCGCAUAUACCACCAGAACCAGCGUGCUGACAAGCGCCGAGCACAGCAGAAGGUACGCCUGGCAAGAAUCCGGUUGGCAAAGAGUGGUACCACCAACGCCUUCUUGCAGUAUAAGCAAAAUGGGGGCCUUGAGGACAGUGGCAGUGGGGAGGGACAGAUGCUGUGUGUUAGGAGCCGCUCUGCUUUCGAACAACAGCAUCACCAUCUGCUGCAUUGUUUGGAGAAGACUACGUGUCAUGAGUUCACAGAUGAGCUCACUUUCAGUGAGGCCCUUGGAGCUGUCUCACUGGGUGGUCGCACCAGCCGCAGUACCUCAGUAUCAUCCCAGCCAAUGGGGCCUGGGAGCCUGUUUUCAUCCUGCUGCUCUAGAAGGGUCGAGCGCAGAGCCAUCCGCCUUGCCAACUCUACUGCCUCUGUCAGCCGUGGCAGCAUGCAGGAGCUAGACACACUAGCGGGUCUUCGGAGGAGCCCUGCCCCUCAGAGCCGCUCAAGCCUCAAUGCCAAGCCCCAUGACAGCCUUGACCUGAACUGUGAGAGCCGGGACUUCGUGGCUGCCAUCAUCAGUAUCCCCACCCCUCCUGCCAACACGCCAGAUGAGAGUCAACCUUUCCCUGGUGGCGGUGGCAGUGGUGGCACGGCUAACACCACCCUCAGGAACUCCAGCUUGGCUACUCCGUGCCUCCUCCCUGAGACUGUCAAGAUCUCUUCCCUGUGAGGAAUGGGCCUGCCCAUUCAGAGGGCCUUCUUUAUUCUUGGGAACUCCUUUCCAAAGCCAUAUUUUGGGGAGGCAAAGAGGGACAGACCCAGGAACUCCUUAUGCCCCCAGACAAGAACU